UGGUUCGUUACCGAAUAUUAAUCCGCGUUAACGCUGGGAAGAGAUGGCGGUCGGAGGGAAUUUUGCAUCUCAAGGACGGGGUGGGAACUAUGAAGGUGGCGUCACGCCUUUCGUGGUCGUCACCUGCGUUGUUGCGGCCAUGGGAGGUCUCCUGUUUGGUUAUGACCUCGGCAUCUCAGGUGGGGUUACUUCAAUGGAUGAUUUCUUGCUCAAGUUCUUCCCAUCAGUGUACCAUAAAACGAAAGACGGGUCGCUCCACGAGAACCAGUACUGCAAGUACGCAAACGAGCUCCUGACCCUCUUCACCUCGUCCCUCUACCUCGCGGCACUUGUGGCUUCCUUUGCCGCGUCGAUGAUCACCAGGGUCUACGGCCGAAAGAUCUCCAUGCUCUUGGGAGGCCUGGCCUUUCUCAUUGGUGCAAUCCUCAAUGGCGUCGCGAUGAACAUUGCAGUGCUGAUAAUUGGCCGUUUAAUGCUCGGUGUUGGGGUUGGAUUUGCUAAUCAGUCGGUUCCGGUCUAUCUGUCCGAAAUGGCACCAGCGAAGAUCAGAGGAGCGCUCAACAUCGGCUUCCAAUUGGCCAUCACAAUCGGCAUUCUGGUGGCAAAUUUCGUUAACUACGGGACUGCAAAGAUUGAGGGUGGAUGGGGCUGGAGAGUCUCUCUGGCUCUUGCAGGUGUCCCCGCAAUACUGAUGACCGUCGGAUCAUUCUUCUUGCCCGACACUCCAAACUCCAUCAUCGAAAGAGGCCACCAUGAGGAGGCCAAGAAAAUGCUUCAGAAGAUUCGCGGGAACGACAAUGUGGACCACGAGUUCCAGGAUCUGGUCCAAGCCAGCGAGGCCGCAAAAAAGGUCGACCAUCCCUGGAGGAACAUAUUGGAGCAGAGGUACAGGCCUCAGCUCGUGAUCUGCUUCCUCGUCCCAUUCUUCCAGCAGCUCACCGGCAUCAACGUCAUCAUGUUUUACGCGCCGGUUCUGUUCAAGACCUUGGGUUUCGGUGACGACGCGUCCCUCAUGUCUUCAGCCAUCACCGGUGUUGUCAAUGUCGUAGCGACGGUGGUUUCGAUUGUCUCGGUCGACAGGUUUGGAAGGAGAGGCUUGUUCCUUGAAGGAGGAAUCCAGAUGAUAAUUUGCCAGAUUGCGGUAGGAGCAUUGAUUGGCGUAAACUUCGGAGUCAUUGGUGAAGGAUCCUUCUCCAAAGUUGAAGCUGAUCUGCUCUUGACGUUGAUCUGCUUAUAUGUUGCGGCAUUCGCCUGGUCAUGGGGUCCGCUGGGGUGGUUGGUGCCGAGCGAGAUCUGCCCGUUAGAGAUCCGGUCAGCAGGACAAGCGAUCAAUGUCUCGGUCAACAUGUUCUUCACCUUCAUCAUCGGUCAGGGGUUCCUCUCUAUGCUCUGCGCCAUGAAGUUCGGCCUCUUCUUCUUCUUCGGCAGCUUCGUGGUCAUCAUGACCAUCUUCAUAUUCUUCUUCUUGCCGGAGACGAAGAACGUGCCGAUUGAAGAGAUGAACAGAGUGUGGAAGGCGCAUUGGUUCUGGGGAAAGUACAUUCCUGACGAGGCUGUCGUCGGUGAGGACCCCGAGAGAUAGACAUUUUUUGCAGAUAGGAGUACAGAUAAGAAGCUUAGUGAUUUGUAUCAUUCAAGGUGGCAAUACAAAUUGGAGGGACGAUUUAUUUGAUUCUCUUCCUCUGCAAAAACAUGCGUGCAUCUUAUUCUUUGGUAGAUCAUC